AACCCAGUUGCUCGAUAAGUAUUCUGGACUCCAAUCUUCCGUUUUCAAAGCCCUAAUCUGUCCCCUCUCUCUCUCUGCAACUCUUCGCCAUGGGAACUUCACUUCCCUCAAAAGAAGCCAAUCUAUUCAAGCUCAUUGUUAAAUCUUAUGAAACCAAGCAGUACAAGAAAGGGCUGAAGGCCGCUGAUUCCAUUCUAAAAAAGUUCCCUGACCAUGGAGAGACUUUGUCAAUGAAGGGAUUGACACUGAAUUGCAUGGACCGCAAACCCGAGGCUUAUGAACUUGUCAGGCGUGGACUAAAGAACGACUUGAAAAGUCAUGUUUGUUGGCACGUGUAUGGCCUUCUUUAUCGGUCUGAUAGGGAAUACAGAGAAGCCAUUAAAUGUUACCGAAAUGCUUUGAGGAUAGACCCUGACAAUAUUGAAAUUCUUCGUGAUCUCUCUCUGCUACAGGCUCAAAUGCGAGACUUGGCUGGAUUUGUUGAAACGAGGCAGCAACUCUUGACUUUGAAACCUAAUCAUCGAAUGAAUUGGAUUGGUUUUGCUGUUGCUCAUCAUUUAAACUCAAAUGCAUCAAAAGCUGUAGAAAUUUUGGAGGCAUACGAAGGGACAUUAGAGGAUGAUUAUCCCCCAGAUAAUGAACGUUGUGAACAUGGAGAAAUGCUUUUGUACAAAAUUUCUCUUUUAGAAGAAUGUGGGGUUUUUGAGAGAGCACUUGAAGAGUUGCAGAAGAAAGAGGCUAAAGUUGUUGAUAAGUUGGCGUACAAGGAGCAGCUUGUCUCCUUACGGAUAAAGCUUGGACAUUUGGCUGACGGGGAGAAAAUUUAUAGGGCUUUGCUUGCUAUGAAUCCUGACAAUUACCGAUAUUAUGAAGGGCUCCAAAAAUGCUUAGGCCUUCAUCGGGAUGAUGGGGAGUACACAUCUGAUGAAGUCAAUCACAUGUGUGACUUAUACAAAUCUUUGAGGGAGCAGUAUACAUGGUCAUCUGCUGUGAAGCGAAUCCCUCUUGAUUUUCUAAAAGGUGAAAAGUUCUGUGAGGAAGCAGAGAACUAUAUUAAGCCUCUCUUGACUAAGGGUGUUCCAUCCUUGUUCUCUGAUCUAAGCCCUUUGUAUGAUCAUCCUGGCAAGGCUGAUAUUCUUGAACAAUUAAUUCUUGAGCUGGAGAAUUCAAUCCGAACCACUGGAAGUUUCCCUGGGAGGGAUCAAAAGGAACCGCCUUCAACACUCAUGUGGACUUUGUUUCUCAUGGCUCAGCAUUACGAUAGAAGGGGUCAGUAUGAUCUUGCACUAGCUAAAAUUGAUGAUGCUAUUGCUCAUACGCCAACUGUGAUUGAUCUCUACACUGUGAAGGGUAGAAUAUUGAAACAUGCAGGUGAUCUGGUAGCUGCUGCAGCUAUGGCAGACGAAGCUCGGUCUAUGGAUCUGGCAGACAGAUUCAUUAACAGCGAAUGUGUAAAGCGCAUGCUUCAGGCUGAUCAGGUGACUUUGGCAGAGAAGACAGCUGUGUUAUUCACAAAGGAUGGGGACCAGCAUAACAACCUUCAUGAUAUGCAAUGCAUGUGGUAUGAACUGGCUUCUGCUGAAAGCUACUUUCGUCAAGGUGAUCUAGGGCGGGCCUUGAAGAAAUUCUUAGCAGUUGAAAGACACUAUCUUGAUAUGACCGAGGACCAAUUUGACUUUCACUCCUAUUGCUUACGGAAGAUGACAUUGCGUGCUUAUGUAGAAAUGCUAAAAUUUCAAGAUCGGCUACACUCGCAUAGCUAUUUCCACAGAGCCGCAGUUGGAGUUAUCAGGUGCUACAUGAAAUUGUUUGAUUCCCCUUCAAAAUCAUCAUUGGAAGAAGAUGAUGAGAUGUCUAAAAUGCUUCCGUCUCAGAAGAAGAAGUUCAGACAGAAGCAGAGGAAGGCAGAGGCUCGUGCCAAGAAAGAAGCUGAAGAGAAACCUGAAGAGGAAACUGGAGCUACUGGUUCAGGUAAAAGUGGUAAACGCCAUCACGCCAAGCCAGUUGAUCUGGAUCCAAAUGGGGAGAAAUUGUUGCAGGUUGAGGAUCCAUUAGCAAAAGCUACAGAGUACUUGAAGUUGCUUCAGAAGAACUCGUCAAAUUCUGUAGAUACACAUUUACUUUCCUUUGAACAUAACAUGCGAAAGCAGAAGAUCUUACUUGCUUUUCAGGCUGUGAAGCAGUUGCUUAGAUUGAAUGCAGAUGAUCCUGAUGCUCAUCGUUGUUUGAUCCGAUUUUUCAACAAAGUUGACAGUUUCGCCACACCGGAGACUGAGUCAGAGAAACUUAUCUGGAGCGUUCUGGAGGCAGAAAGGCCUGUGAUAAGCAUUUUGCAUGGGAAGUCCCUUAUGGAGGCAAACGAUUCUUUCCUCGAGCAGCACAAAGAUUCUUUGAUGCAUCGAGCUGCAGCAGCUGAAAUGCUUUAUAUUCUUGCCCCUGAAAAAAAGUCUGAAGCAAUCAAGCUUAUUGAAGAGUCGAGUAAUAACUUGGUCACAAGCAAUGGUGCCUUGGGACCAGUAAGAGAAUGGAAGCUUAAAGAUUGUGUCUCUGUACAUAAUUUGCUUGGAACAGUAUUUGCAGAUUCUGAUGCUGCUUCUAGGUGGAGAACACGAUGUGCUGAAUACUUCCCUUAUUCAACAUAUUUCGGUGGGGCUCGUAGCUCAGCUGUCUCCCAACCUGCCAUUGAUAAGAUGUGCAGUGCACCAGAAAAUGGUGGAAUCAACCAUAAGGCCAAGAUUGAAGUAGCCAAUACCUUGAAUGGGAGUUCAAUAGCCCUCGAAAACCUGAGUAUUUGAUUGCUUAAUUAUGUAUUUUCAGCUAACCCCAUCUCGAGUUAUCAGAUUUCAAAAUUACAAGCACACAGAGAGGAUCUGCAAAGAUGAAGCAGUUUGAAGGACUCGGAAAAAGAGGGACAAAGACGGAAGGGACAUUUAUAAAGCGGCGGAUCAUGAGGAAGACAUCAUCGAAGCAGCGGAUUCUUUUUAAGGCUAAAUUGCUCAGCUUCACUUGUGUUUUUAGACUGUAUAAUUGAAGUGAGAAUAUUUUUCUUUUUUCUUGUUUUCUGAGUCUCAUUUCAGGGAAUCCCUUUUUGUUCUUUCUUUUUUGGGGUAAAUCCUAUUCUGAUUGUGUAUAAUUUGAGAGAAACACUGCACAAAUUGGUUAUGAUAUUUUGAGAGGAGUAUGAGCUCUAUGCAGCCCCUUUUUUGGUCUUAGCAUUUUGGUUCUAGUAGGGCUUUUGAGAUGUAGUCUUCUUUUAGAACUUGGCAGCCUUUGCUGCUGAUUCUGAUGUGAGGUAUAGAUAGUAUGUCCAUGUACAUUGCACCAAGGUCGCUUGGGGCAUUUUUUCCCAUAUGGGUCUAUAGUACUCUUGUCUGUGGUUCAGAUUCUGUCUCAUUUGAAUGUAUGGCUUGGAUUCUGAGA